AUGAGGGCAAAGUGGAAAUCAUGGGCCAGGAUGGAGGCAAAGGACGUGAAAGACCAUCCACGGAUUGACGAUCCGCGGAAACCACCUGAAGAGAGUGGCUUCAUCCAGACGAGCAGCAUCACCAAAGAACAAAGGCGAGAGGCAUUCUCGCAAUUUGGUGAAGAAUUCGCCGACGAAGCCAGAGAAGACGUGCCCGUGUUGCACCAUCCUCUACUACCAGGCCUUCUGAUAGCACCUUCUCUCGUGCCACCCACCGUACAGAUAGCUGCGCUCGACAAGAUGCUGCAUCGGGACCUCAGCGACCGCAAGCACCAGACCAACCUCCAUCUCCACUACGACCUCCCCUACCUCGAGGGCGACGACGGCGAAACCGACGCCCCGCGGUCCCUCUUCUCCCUCGCGCCCGAGUCCCCCGUGCGCUUCACGCCCAAGGACCCCUCCGUGCACAAGCCGCUCUCCCCCAAGCAGGUCUUCUCGCGGCGUCUGCACUGGGUCACGCUCGGCGGGCAGUACGACUGGACCAACCGCGUGUACCCGGAGCAGGAGCGGCCGCCCCCGGCCUUCCCCUCGGACAUUGCGCGCUUUCUGCAGGCCAUGUUCCCCGCGACGGUCGCGCAGGCCGCCAUUGUCAACAUCUACACGCCCGGCGACACCAUGAUGAUGCACCGCGACGUCAGCGAGUUCACCGACAAGGGGCUCGUGAGCCUAAGCUUUGGCUGCGACGGGCUGUUUAUGAUUGCGCCCAACGUAAUGCCGGCAGCGGUGGGGGUUGAGGAGGAGGAGAAGAAGAAGAAGGCAGAGGUGGAGAAGGACUACCUGCUGCUAAGGCUGCGCUCGGGCGAUGCCAUCUACAUGACGCAAGAGUCGAGGUUUGCGUGGCACGGCGUGCCCAAGAUUGUGCCGGGCACGUGCCCGGAGUAUCUCGAGAACUGGCCGGCGCGCGAGGACGGGCAGUUUGGAGCGUGGGAGGGCUGGAUGAAGAACAAGCGUAUAAAUCUCAAUGCUCGACAGGUGCGAGACUAG